GGCAACCCGACAGGUUUUGUCACUCUGUCAUCUAAAGCAAGUUGUGCUGAAGCGUAAUAUACUUCCUCGUACACAAAUAGUUGAGCAGAGUUGAGAUACCCGUGUUCCCGGCUGGCGUGGGUAGAUAUACUGGUGUGGGUAGAUAUACUGGUGUGACAUCAUGGCGGACACUACACUUGUCUUCGUCUUGUGUGCCCUUGCACUUCUGAGCGCUGCCGCUGAAUCUAAUAAUGCGACAGAAAAGAUAAUGUUUAUCACAGACAGCGGUGCAGGUGUAGAAGUCAACGGGAGCGUGUACCGAUGUACCCUGGAUGGCAGGUCCAGCUGCAGUGUUCUCCCGAUCCACACCCCCAACCCCAGAUGCCCUGUAUACGACCCGGUAGAGGACUAUGUCUAUUGGUCCGACUUUGUUCUCAAGUCUGUUUGUAGGGUCAAGUCUUCAGGAGAAGACUACGAAACGUGGGUGAACGUCUCCAGAAGUUUAUAUGGAAUGGCCCUUGAUCCCGAACUAAGGGCAGUCUUUGUGUUCGACCUUCAAAAUGAUGAUAAUAGCUCCUUGUGGAAGAUAAACAUGGACACAAAGAUCCUGACAAAGGUUCCGACUGAAAAUUCACUUGUAUGGGGAAUCGCGAUCGACACUCGGAACAAGAAGUUGUUCCUAGCAUUUGCCACAAAAAUCACAAUGAUGAACUACGACGGGAGUAACUAUGUCACCCUACUAAACAAAAAGAAUGGCGAUCAUUUUGGUAUGAUGUUUGACAUGGAAGGUCACAGAUUGUACUACGCUGACUCUUCGGCGCGCACUUUGGGAUCCCUGGACUUGGAGACGAACGUUACCACUGUGUACCGUAACGACACUUCAUAUCUGUCUGUUCAUGAGUUCGAAGGUGUACUGUAUGCUGGGCCUUUUGGAGACAGGGGGACAGUGGAUGUACUUCCUGGAGGCUGUGGGCCACGCUCCCAUGUGUACUUUAACACAUCCAUUCUUGGGGGCAUACGUGCUAGUGUCUUCAGGAUAUAUGGCUGUCCCUCUGGGUGGUAUGGUCGGAUGUGCACCCGGGAAUGUGGGAAAUGCUUCAAUGGAAGUGCUUGUGACAACAUCGAUGGCCAUUGUGCAGAUGGGUGUGACACUGGCUGGAUUGGCGACACUUGCACUACUGGCUGUCCCUCUGGGUGGUAUGGUCGGAUGUGCACCUGGGAAUGUGGGAAAUGCUUCAAUGGAAGAGCUUGUGACAACAUCGAUGGCCAUUGUGCAGAUGGGUGUGACACUGGCUGGAUUGGCGACACUUGCACUACUGCAUGUCCAAAUGGUACCUACGGUGAGCGCUGCGGGAAGCUGUGUGACCAAUGUGUUGGCGGUGCCCCCUGUCAUCCCGCUAACGGCACGUGUCAAGCCGGAAACGUGGUUCAAGAAUUAUAUCAUGAAGAUUGGAGCCUUGUUUUCUGGGCGCUGGUUUCUGUUUGUGUCUUUCUGGGAUUGGUUGUGGUGGUUCUCGUGAUCCUCCUGGUCCGAUGUAGAAGAAUGGUCCUGACUAACAAGCAAAAGAAGACAGGCGUUACUGCUGGUGGCGUGAGAAACCCCACCUACCAGGCUGACCCGACAGAUGCAGGAGACAUAACCAGUGUGACCCAUCCGGAUCACGUGUACGAGAAGAUGGACCAUGUGCAGCACCCUGUGUAUGAGACGCUACAUGCUUGAGAGGCACAAUAAGCCAUCCCCGUAUACAGACGUAGCAUGUAUUGGGGCUCAUAUUGUGUAAAAGCUCAUGUACCACCCCAAUGUAUGACACACUACAUUUGUAUGGGGUCAUGUUGUUUGAUGGUCUCCCACCCGUCGGUAUGAGACAUUACAAAUUUAGGGGUGCAUUUUGUUUGCAAUGUAUAUAUUGUAGCCAUUCAUAUAUAUAUAUAUAACAAGUGAUUUCUGCAUACGUAAUAUAGUCAUUUAGCUUAAACAUUUAUUUUGAUAUGUAACAGAGAAAUUUAGUUUGAAAAUUUACUUUCAUAGAGUAGGUGGCCAUUUAGUUUGAACAUUUACUUUGAUAUGUAAUAUAGUCAUGUAGAUUAAAUAUUAGUUUGAUAUGUAAUAUAGCCGUUUAGUUUGAACAUUUACUUUGAUAUGCGAUAUAGUCAUGUAGAUUAGAUAUUAGUUUGAUGUGUAAUAUAGCCAUUUGAUUUGAACAUUUAUUUUGAUAUGAAAUGUGUCAUUUAGUUUGAACAUUUAUUUCAUAUGAAAUGUGUCAUUUAGUUUGAAGAUUUAUUUUCAUAUGAAAUGUGUCAUUUAGUUUGAACAUUUAUUUGGAUAUGAUAUAGUGCAGCUAUUUGCUUUGAACAUUCACAUUGAUAUAUACAAGUAGGCUAUUCAGUUGGAAUAUGUAUUUCGUUAUGAGGAUGUGAUUUAUUAAUUACAAUGUCUCAUAAUUAACUUUUAGUUAACAUGGGUCACAAAUAUUUGAGGUGCUGAAUGUGGAUUUGAACUUUCGUCUUGAACUUGGGCUAUGUAAUGUCACCUGUUGAGAGUUGGCUGAGGAGUUGCCUCCCUUUGUUUGUUUUGCUUCCGGUCGGAUUGUGGAAGCUGUGAGAAGAUCGUAGCGUGGCAUGGCUUUUGCUAGAAACAAACAGAACUGUAUAAUAGGUAUAUAAGGGAUGGUUGUUGAUGUAUGGGGGAUGACUUUGGAUUUACGUCCAUCUGCCUGCUAACAUCGACGUUUCAAGACCUACCACUCAAGAGGCCUCGUCUACAAUGAACUUUCAACAGCUGUCUUCAAUCAAUACAUCUGUAUUUAGUGGUAAUAUCAAGACUUUGGUGAGUUAUUAUUUUAGAUUUGUGACCCAAUAUUUUAGAUUUGUGACCCAAUAUUUGGAUUUGUGGUCCUAUAGUAUUGUCUUUGAAGGACAUUUAGAAGUGGAAUGCAUAAGAAAAACAACAUUUUUGGAUGUCAAUUUCACAAUUGUUGUAUUUUUCUUGUAUACUUUUAUUGUUAUUCACAAUAAAGAAGUCGACAUCCAUAAAUCUUGAUUUUCCAAUAGUAUUGUAUUGGAAACCUGUACUGACAUUCUUUGUAGCUAUAUAUAUUCCCUAUAUAAUUGAAUAUAAUAGACUUGGUUGUGUUGUAUUUUGCUGGUUUAAAGGGGGCUCACAAGCUUUUAAUCUCAGUAAUUUCUAAAAGAAGAUUAGCAUAUAUUCCUCAGCCGACAGUAAUAUUCCACUACCUCCGGUCGGAAUCGUACUGUCCGAUGAUGUAAUCGUAUUUUGUUAUAACCUACUUUGAACCGAACCAUCUCCCUGAUCGUGCACCUGAUAGACUGGAAUUCCAUCUCGUUAGUAUCGUCUUUAUAUAAUAAAUAUAUCUUCUAUC